AUGAAGUUAACUCAAAUGCCAAAAGCAGAUUAUCACUGCCAAAGCGUUAUAUUUAACGGCGAUAUUUUGAUUUCUGGGUAUGAAAUCAGACAUCUUUUACGGUAUUCAAUUGAUAUUGACUCAUUCUCUAUAAUUCCUUAUCACUUCGAAAAACGUACAAAAAAGAUCCUAAUAAAUGCAGAGAACCUAUAUGUAAUUGAGUGUAAGUACCAGUGAUUUAUCUAUGAAAGCAAAGCAAAGGAUGUGUAUGGCCUUUGGGGAGUAGUAGCAAAUUGAGUGAUAAACAUUUGGCCAUCUCAGGUGUACUGUACAUAUAAUAAAGGAGCAAUCUAUAUUAUAACAGACGAGAAGCAAAGAUACUGUAAGUUUGAUUUACGCAAAAUGAAAAUUUCCUCAUUUUAA